UCGUCUAUCUGUUCCACCAUGCCCCGUGAGAUCAAGAGCAUCAAGAAGUUCCUCCACAUUGCCGCCCGCAAGGACGCCCGCAAGUGCCGCAUCAAGAAGGUCGGUGGCGUGGUCAAGUUCAAGGUCCGCUGCUCCAAGUACCUGUACACCAUCCGUGUGGACCCGGACCAGGCUGCCCGUCUCAAGGACACCCUGCCCUCGCAGCUCGAGGUCAGCACCAUCAACUUUGAUGCGUAGAUAAAGAACCAGAACCCAA